UAAAAGGCUAUGUUAAAACGUACCUAAUAAAACUAUGAAGGUUGCCGUACGUAUAUGGUCUCCUCUCAGAAAUUCCGAAGUUAAGUCUGGGGUUAAAUUUGAGGAUAAGCCAAAUCUGCACAGCAUUUUACACGUAUGCGACGACGGUAAUUUAAUAUUUGAUCCAGUCAAAGCAAAGAAGGGAUUUUACUAUCACGGAAAGAAACAGCUCCAUCGCGACAUUACAAUUGCUAAUAAACAUUUGCCAUUCAAAUUUGACGCUAUAUUCGAGGAGGGCGCUGGAAAUCGAGAUGUUUUUGAAAGGCUUAUGAAGCCGUUAGUUCAUUCGCUAAUGGAUGGAUUCGAUUGCUCAUUUAUUAACUAUGGAGCAACUGAAACGGGAAAGACGCACACGGUCAUUGGCAGCAGCUUAGAACGUGGCAUCGCGUAUUUAACCAUGGAGUACAUCUUCUUUCAACUGAAGAAAAGAGUCUCCAACGGAUGGAUUUAUGAAGUAAAAAUUUCCUAUUUGGAGGUGCAUAACGAGAGAGUUGUUAAUUUAUUAACAAAGUCCAAACCUUUGACCAUCGUACAAAGGGGAAAUGAAGAUGUAAACAUCCUCAGUUUGGACAUGCGAAAAGUUAACAACCUGAGUGAAGUGCAUAAAUUGCUGACAUUAGGGCAUCGUAACAGAACCCGCCACUUCUCCAAAAAAACUCAUAGCAGUCAGAGCAAUACAAUAUUUCAAGUUCAUAUUAACACUCCCUGCAAAUCAUUGAAUGGGAACAAUCCGGAUAAUAUAGUAAAGCUCGUCGUCGUCGAAUUGGGUGGUAGUGAGCGAAAUGCCACCGAAGCGACACGCUCAAACUCAAACGAUAUGGCUAACAUCAACAAGCCUAUUCUUACAUUCAAAAACUGUCUUCACAGACUCUCAGAUGGAAGCAAGGACAUUCCGUUCAACGAUUCUUCGCUGACGAAAAUUUUGAAAAAAUCGCUUACGUGUGACGCUCUUACUGUGAUGCUAUUCAAUGUGUCCCCGUCUGCAUCGAACUACAACGACACAUACAAUACACUAAUGUAUGCCAAAAGAGCAAAACAAAUUGGAGAGCCAAAGGGCAAAGAAAAUGUGAAAGAAAUUGCUUCAAAUGGUAACAGUGGAGCUGGAUUGAAGCGUAACGUCUCGUAUACUAUUUCUACCAGCAUACCUGCGAAAAACAAGUCAACAUUUACUCAAUGCACAGCCGAGAUAAAAUCUUGUAAAUCAAAUGAUGAUCACAAGCAGAAAAAUGUUCCUCCGAGAUCGGAGAGCAGUUCUGAUGUGACAAUCGAAUUAACUGAAUUGACUCGGUGGUACUAUGAAAUAAACACGAUUUACGAUGCUGUUAAGACAUCAGUCGAAGGUUAUUGCACAAGCGUUAGCAAAGAAAAGUUACUGGAAUUGCGAUUGAAAUGCAGGAACGAUGUAGAGAAUUGUCGCGAUCUCUUGACGACAACAGGGUGUAACAGGAUGACCAAAGUUCGUGUUAAUACGCUGCUUGACGAAAUUACGAAGCAAGCAGCAAUCGUUCCCAAUAAAGUCAAUUACUGGAAAAGCAGAAUUCAAGUUUGUCAAAAACAGCUGCAAAAUUUGCACCGUAAAGUCAAAGAACUUAAAGGAAGCAGUUUGGAUCAUAUACUCGAAUCGUACAUUUCAAUGAAAGAAUUCGAAGUUAAUGCUACCAAAGCGAAUCAGGAAUCGAUGCAUAUAAUGAAAACGAAUGCAAUUUAUGUGAACAAAACGGAAAUUUACGGCUAUUUGUCGGUGUUGGGCGUAAAUUUCGAGAGCAGUACGAUGCUACAUGGGGCUUGCAAUGAACGGCAACAUUGUUCGGAAUUGAAUGAAAUCGGAGAUAUUGUUCUUCCACAGUACGCAGACUGUUUAAAAGCAAGUAGUCAAACUAAGUGUAGUAAAGUGAACAGUCGAAUGUCGAUGAAUUUAUAGAGUGAGUUUUUCAAUAUUUCGCACCAAU